CCAAGAACAACGCGCUAGCUGCAAGGCCGGCCACAGCGACAUCUCUGGGCUGGUGUCUCAGCUGUGGAGAAAGUCGCGACGGGACUUGAGUCGGUUCAACACUGGCACACAGGCACAUCUGGACACAGAACUCCCUCUCACUGGUCACUGGUCACUGGCACGGUCACUGGCACUUGUGGCUCCAGCCGGUUGAGGUACCCCCAUCGAAACAGUGUCUUGGAAACCCUGCUCCUCCAAGUUCGUGUACCGAGUACGAUGCCCACUUUGCGCGAACGUCCCAGCAGAGGCGAUAUCUCGCCCGCCAAGAAGAGCUCCGGAAACAGCUCCCAAUUCUCACCCAGCACAAGCAAAUCCGCCAGAUCCUCCCUCCGAGAGAGUGUUCCCAGGGACGCCAUCGAAGUCCGAGAAACGAUAGAAGCCAAGGGCGACCAGGAAGAAGACGUCGACAUGGCCGACGCCAACGCGCCGACGCGCCCAAGCAUCAAGGGAGGCCCCAAUGCCGACACCGAAAUGGUUGAUGCCGGAGCUGCCAGCAUUGACGCGAAACCAGAUGUCGAUGCAGAUGGCGACGUAGAUGCUGAUGGGGAGCCUGAUGCCGACGGCGAGCCAGACGAACAGGCGCAAGAAGACCAGGAAGAAUCAGACGAAGAGAAGGAUAUGCUCCAGCUCAUCAGAGAAACAUCCGAAUACUUGUGUGGUUACACAAUCAAGGUUGAUGGAGAAGACCACGAGAUUGCCUCGGGGUUUCAGCGCCUCGUCAACAAGCGCAGCCUCCCAGACUAUUUUGAAGUCAUCAAAGAGCCAAUGGCUUUUAGUACCGUAAGAGGCAAGCUUAACAAAAGAACUUAUACCUCGUUCAAAGAGUUCGUGCAUGACGUGACGCGCAUAUGCCACAAUGCGCAGGUGUACAACAGGCCCUCUGCUCCCAUCUUUUCCGAUGCUGGCCGUCUGCUGGAAGUGUUCAAGGAAAAGCUUGCAGAGCUGGUCAAGGACGGUGAUAUUACUGCAGAGGAAGCUGUGCUGCCGGACCUUGGACCACUGCCAGAGUUUGAAGAUUCCCCUCCCCCUGAAGAAGACGAAGAGGAAGAGCAAGAUGAUGAGGAAGAGGAAGAAGAUGAGGAAGAAGAGGAUGACGAUUCGGACGACGAAGGCAGGCGACGUCGCUCAAGAAGAGGUGGGCGUCCGGCGAGGAGAGGCGCAGACAACGACGAUGAUCCUCACAAAAAGCGUGGCAGACCGCCCAAGGUCUUGACACCUCUGGAGGCGCGAACCCAGUCGCUUCUGAAGGGACUGCGGAGGUUCAAGAGCGACGAUGGCCAGCUGCGAAUUUUGUCGUUCGAGAGGCUUCCUGACAAGGCUGACAUGCCCGACUAUUAUGCCUCGAUUCGAAACCCCAUUGCGCUCGACACCAUCAAGAAGAAGCACAAGCGCAAAAAGUACACCACCAUCGACCAGGUCCUGCAGGAUCUAGAGUUGAUGUUUGGCAACGCUAUGCAGUUCAACGAGGAGGGGAGCCAGGUUCAUGAAGACGCUACCGAGUUGUUGAAGCAGGCGCGUCUUCUUACUGAAGAGGAGAAGGCCAAGCCUGACGAUGAGUUUCGUGAUGAGGAUGGAAAGCUACCACUAUCACAUAUCGAGCACAAAGGAGAGGUCUGGAGAGUUGGCGACUGGGUCCAUAUUCGUAAUGCGAAUGACUUGCAAAAACCAAUCGUUGCCCAGCUCUACCGGCUCUGGUCUGACGCUUCUGGUCAAAAGUGGGUGAAUGCGUGCUGGUACUACCGGCCGGAGCAGACAGUUCAUCGCUUUGACAAGCAUUUUUAUGAGAACGAGGUAGUCAAGACGGGGCAGUACCGUGACCACCCCAUUGAAGAUGUCGAGGAUCGCUGCUUCGUCAUGUUCAUCACGCGGUACCCCAGAGGUCGGCCGCGUGGGCUGCCUCGGGACAAGGCUGUGUAUCUGUGUGAGGCGCGCUACAACGAGGAAAAGUUCAAGUUUAACAAGAUCAAGACUUGGACCAGCUGUCUGCCAGACGAGGUGCGCGAUCGGGACUAUGAAAUGGACCUGUUUGAGCAGCCACGGGUGCUGAGAAAGGUUCCCAGUCCCAUCAAGCACCUCUUGCAAGCUGAUGCUAAAGAGACCGACGACCUUCCCAAGCCCACCUGGAGGAGCAUGAACGCGCCUCCCCUAAUUGGAGCCGUCCACCGCCGGCCGCGCGAGCCAAAUGAGUCGCCUCCCCCCGCUCCGAAUCCCUUGCUGCAAACAGCGGUCGCACCUGUGCCGCUGGCCAUCGGACCUCCUCGUGUCGCCAUGAAGGUCGAACAUGGUGUUGCGGGAGCACCGCCCUAUCAGCACCAUGCUGCCGUCGCGCCUGCGCCCAUCCACUCGCCGGCUUCUCACUAUCGCAUGCAGCACUUUGUGCCACAACAGCCACCGCCCUCGGUCCCCAGUCCUCACCCGGCACCGCUCCAUCUCCAACCCCAGCCCCAGCAGCCGAUGCCAAUGCACGUGCCGCCCCAUCCUGGUAUGGGACAGCAAAUGCAGCCAAGCCCACACUACCCACCUCAUGGGUACCCACAACAGUACGGCCCGCAGCAGCCACCGGCUCCGCCGCCGCAACCACUUCACUAUCAGCAACACCCUCCACCACCCAUUGCGCCCGCUUUCGAGCAACAUCAACAUCACCCCCAGCACCACCGCCAAGUUCAUCCCGCGCCCCCCGUCAUGACACCCUCUCGCCCACCCAUGGCUUCCGCCCCCAGCAUCGCACCUCUCGCGCACCCCAACGGCCCACCAGCCAAUGUGUACAAUCCGCCUAGGGCUCCAGAGGCGUAUACUCUCGCUGAGCACGCCGACGCGGCCAUCCCCAAGGAAGUCCGUGAGCAGUUUCAACGCGAUGAGAAUGGUCGUGUCCUCUUUUUCACGGCCCCUCCGCUCAAGCGCGCCAACAAUGGCGUCUCACAAGAAUAUGCCCACCUGGGUCACAGCGUGGAGCACCUGGCCAACAUCAAACAGAUCCGUGCAGAGCGCGCGCGUAAACGCAAGGAGAGGGACGAGGCUCUUGCCCGUGAGCAAGAUGCCAACAAGAAGCGAUCACCAAGCGAAGAGGCGUCCGCGCAGAAAUUGAUUGAGCAGGAGCAGCAAGCCCGAGCACAACUGAUGGAGAAGGUCAUUCUUGAUUGGUGUGCGGAGCUCAACAAGGGCACCGAAGCUCUCGAGAAGGAUCUUGGUGAAGGGUGGAAGGAGAUGAUGCAGCAGAGCCGGGAGGAGAACAAGGGCUUGACGGAAGAAGAGAUCAAACAAAAGAAUCUUCGGUGGUUUUACGAGGACCUCGAGAAGACAGGCCAGAUCACGUCAGAGAAGCGAAAGGAGAUGGAGAAGAUGUUUCUGAACAAGAAGCAUUUGGAGGCUUGAUUGGCUGAUUUUUAUUUCAUUGUCUGGGUACUUGUGAGCUUUGGAGUUGGUGUUGGAAGGGAAAUUUGACACUGGCAGGCAAGGCAGGGCGGGAAAAAAAAGCGAGAACAGGAAUACCUUUUGCGCGGAUUCCGGAUAUCAAUGCGUAGCGUAUACUGAGGGACUACUACUAAAUGGGUUAUUGUUUGGUUUUGUAUGAUGUACUGCAGGACUAGAAAUGCAGGAUCUUGAUCAAUUGCGGUGGUGAGAAACAGCGGGCGGUGAAGCAGUGAGUGACACGUUGGCAUGUUUAGAGCUUGUGGUUGGUUAUCGAGAGCGCCUUGGCUGACUGCGCGUCCGCCGAGAGGAUCUACAAGAUGAGAUGGCGCUCUCCAACAUCUCUAGAACACUGAUCUCCCUGAUCUUCUAGAUAAUUGCGGGAACUGUCUGCACAGCCUGCUGGAGAUAAGAUGCGUAAGCUUCUCUCUCUGAGCCUUGUCUGAAGUGAGGGCGCUGAGACAUGGUAUGUAAUGAUGACGUUUGGAGAGGGGUCCGCUGCUAAUCACUCUGGUGAUGAGAAGAUAACAAUCUGACAAUGCUGGAAGUAUAAAUAUAAAAUCAUUGUUCUUUCUAUGUUCUAGAUAUGCCGCCUUGGAUUAUCUUCUCAAGUUCAACCUAUCAUUGUAACAAGAAUUUCCCUCUACAGUACCGCAUGAAGCGUAAUCCACCCAGCACCACAACCAUCACCAACAGCUCGGAGACGAACACAAGCACGACGAACAUGCAGCCAGAGUUUGUACGGCAGAGACAAGACAGCGGCAGCGGCAGCAGCAGAAUUUCGGGGCUGUUUGGCAGGGGUAAUAACAAUAAUAAUAUGGCAGGUGGGAACGGGAAUGAGUACGAGCGGCGGCAGACUCGGGCAGGGUCGGUUAUUACGGAUGUGAGCGUGGGUGGUGAUGAUUCUUCUUCGAGGAGGUCAUCUGCUACGUCUGAGAGCUCGGAGGUGUUUGUUUCGCGACAGGUGGAAAGGCAGGCUC